AUGGCCGUGCCCACGUUUUCCGACCCGUUCAAGCAGUCGUGGCGCAACUCGUCGCUCAUGGCCCACGAGAGCUCGCGGCGGCUCGGCUUUGACUGGAUCACCAAGCAGCUGUACCACAACAUUGACGCGAUGAUCCAGCACUGCGGGCUCCCGGCGUCCAUGGCACCGGUGAGCGAAGUCCACGUCUUCCCGCUCGAGAACGAUCCGUCGUACCACCUCAUCAAGGCCCGCCAGCGCAUCGAGUAUGCGACCUUGGACGAGGUCACGCAGACGCUCCAACGGCUCUACUUUCAAACGCCGGACGGGCUCCUCGACAUGCCAGACCCCAACAUUAUGUACUUCCGCAUGAAGUCGCCGUACGGGGCGACGCAGCAGAACGCGUACUUUCAAAACAUCCUCGCGCGCCAGUUUCUUUGA